CUGCCGUCAUCCGCAUGUCAAUUGCAGUUCUCACUCAUCAUCGGUAUCACCUCGACCAGAUGCUUCUUUGACCGCCGCAAUUCCUCUGCUUACCUCGAUAUGGUCAGGACAGAGUUAUCAGCAGCGUCUCAUCUUCACUCACUCUCAUCCUUCGACCCAUAACGCCCGGCCGAUGACGUCUCAACCUCGCCAUGGCCUAUCUCCUGCUUCUAUCGAGACGAUCGCAGGCCUUUCAGCAGGUUUGAUAUCUACCAUUAUUGUCCACCCUCUGGACAUAAUCAAGACCAGGCUUCAAGUCGACACAUCCGCGCACCCUCUUCUCAAUUCCUCCCGAUCGGUUCUUCGGGAUAUUCUUCGAAAUGAGGGCCCGACCCGAAUUUCCGCCUUAUACCGUGGCUUGACGCCGAACCUAGUGGGAAACUCUGCAGGCUGGGGACUGUACUUCUUGUGGUAUCGCGAAGCGCAGGACGUGAUACGCAAAGUGCGUGGCUAUCAACCAGGUCAGCAACUCUCAUCGGUCGAAUACCUGACCGCCUCGGCCCUUUCAGGCGGUUUAUCCGCCAUUCUCACAAACCCGAUCUGGGUGGUCAAGACGCGCAUGCUUUCCACCUCGGCCACACAGACGGGGGCAUAUCCGAGCAUGAUUGCUGGGCUGCGCUCGAUCUACCGAACCGAAGGCGUCCGUGGUUUCUUCCAUGGCAUGACCCCUUCACUCGUAGGCGUCAGUCAUGGAGCCUUGUACUUUGUGGCAUACGAGAAACUCAAGUUCUGGCGCAGACAGUCCAAGAAGACCAACGAACUGACCAACGUGGACACGCUGAUGACUUCGUCUCUGUCAAAGAUCUUUGCCGGUGUCUUGACCUACCCGCAUCAGGUCAUACGUGCACGCUUGCAAACUUAUAAUCCAAGCGCAGCGACACACGUGCGUGGACCUGGCCUUGUCGCGCUGGUGAAGCAGGUCUGGCAUAACGAGGGUCUCGUGGGCUACUACAAGGGUCUCUUUCCGAACCUGCUCCGUGUCGUCCCGAGUACAUGCGUGACCUUCCUCGUCUAUGAGAACGCUCGUUGGUUCUUGCCCAGGUUGUUUGGUGCACAACAAGACGGCACCGUUAUGGCUGGUUCCAGCUGAGUCGCCGCAAAAAGAACAGACAACUUUGCCAGCACUUCCAGUCUCUUGAAGGAAGGUUUGUUCUAUAUUUCGUACCCAAACUUCAAGGACCGGCUAUUGCCUGGUCAUGUACUGGCGCCUCCAGUCCCAUCCUAAGACCUUCGUCAGUGAUGACAAGGCAAUGAGUUUAUUGACUCAAAAAUGAAGUGGUGGAAUGGUGUCAAGUUAAAUAGACUGAGUCACCACAGCGUGUGCGGUGGUCAACUCAGAAGCCUGAUCUGAACCACAUGACAUCACCUCCACCAUCCUCUUACCUUAGACUGUGUCGGCAGGCCACGCUGGCUGGGGUGUGUGGCGUAUAUACGCCUUGCGGCCUUUUAUCACGCGGGAUUAGAGUAGGUACGACCAUGAGCGUGGAGCUUGACCAUGCAGAUUCAGCAAGGAGCUUUGCGAUGAACUGUUUUCUCAUUAUAUCAUCAUACGGACGUGAUGACCCUCUCUGUCCUCUAGUUGUUUUGUCUAUUUUGGUUUCCUUUGCCUCUCCAUUUCUUCUGUCGUUGACUCGCCACGAGUUGUAUCCAGGAUAAGCAUUCCUCUGUCUAGGUAUGUCCCAUAUUUCAUGACCGAUUCUAGAGGGACGACCAGCCUCGGAAUUGGGGGGUUCAAAUGCUUGAUGAAGAUUUAUCGCGCCAUAAUGCGGUCUAGAAACUGAAAAUCGGAGACAAAUAUGUGCUCGGGCUCGGGCUCGUACUCCUCUUUAUCUUUCCGGUGGUCCCGCUUUUCUCCAUCGUUUGCGGCACUCUCGUUCUUGUCCCGACGAUAGUCAUUAUCGGUAGUUUCUAUAUCGGUAUCCAUGUCGUCGAAAUCGACCCGUUCAGAAGCUACCAUGUGGUGGUCGGUCUUCCACGGACACGCCAUGUCCAAUUGUUCCGCUAUUUUCUCUGCAAGCAACACGGUGGCG